AUGGAGACGCGUCGCGAGGAUCAUCAGGACUCAGGUCGAGCGAAGUAUGCCGGUGCCACCAAGGCCAAUCCUAUUGACUACCCACGCGAAGACGGGAACAUCGAGGCUUCUUUUCCUGCCAGUCAAACCCACCAAGCCACGUUUCAACCCUCAAAGGCGGUGUCGGACACGAUCAUUAUAGACGAUGUUCUCCACGAUGAUGUUAUCGAGUAUCCCGAGGGCGGGCUCCAAGCUUGGAUGGUGGUGGUCGGGGCGUGGUGCGCCAUGAUCCCACCGAUGGGCAUCCUCAACACCAUUUCUGUGCUCCAAGGUUGGCUACUGCAGAAUGAACUUCAAGGCGUGCCCGAAAGUAAAGCAGGGUGGAUAUUCUCAUGUUACGCAUUCUUCAUUACCGCCUGCGGAGCCCAAGUUGGACCCGUAUUUGACGCUUUUGAUAUCCGUGUGUUGCUCAUACCAGGCUCUAUCGGCACGAUUGCUUCAAUGAUCUUUCUCAGCCUAUCUACAGAAUUCUAUCAAAUGCUCCUCUCGUUUGGUGUCUGCGGCGGCAUCAGCGCCGCCUGCCUCUUCAACCCGGCCCUAUCAGCCAUAGGACACUGGUUCUGCGAGCGACGCGCCUUCGCAACUGGCGUGGCCUGCACGGCUGGCGGCCUUGGCGGCAUCGGCUUCUCUCUCAUCAUCCAGUACCUGGCCCCCCGCAUCGGUUUCCCCUGGGCCAUGCGUAUCAUCGCCUUCCUAUCGACGGGCAGCCUGGUCGUCACCAACAUCUUCCUCCGCAAACGGCUUCCGCCAAAACGCAAGGCCAAAGUCCUCCUCGACUUCCGCCUCCUGCGUAACCUCAAGUUUGGUGUCGCAGUAAUUGCCAUCUUCUUUGUAGAGUUUGCCGUCUUCAUUCCGUACUCCUACAUAUCAUCCUACGCCAUCGCAAAGGGACUGGGGCUGCAAAAAUCCUUCCUCCUCAACGUGUUGCUCAAUGCAGGCGCGAUACCCGGUCGCAUGUUGCCCGGGUACAUUGCCGACCGCGUCGGCGCCUUCAACACAAUGUGCGUAACGUCUCUCUGCUGCGGCGUCUUGGUUCUGGGACUGUGGCUUGCCGCCGGCGACGUCGAUGCCAAGAUCAUGUCCUUUACUACCUUGUUCGGUUUCUGGUCCGGGGCUGCGAUUAGCCUGUCGCCCGUGUGCAUCUCGCGCGUCUGCAAGAUUGAGGACUAUGGGAAAUCGACGGGCAUGGCGUACUUCAUUGCGAGCUUCGGAGCCCUCGUCGGCAUUCCUCUAGCGGGGUUCUUAUUGAGGACCGGUACUGAGCCCUACCGGAAUUUGAUCAUCUUUGCGGGUGCUGCGUACAUGGUAGCAUUUGUGGCAUUUUGUGGUGCUCGAGGCAUCGCAGGUGGGUGGAAACCAGCGCUGUUUUAG